CAGUGCGCGCCGGGCGGCGACAAACUAAUGGGAAUGCCGCAGUCGAUAUCCUACACCAAGACAAACUCCAUCUCGGUCUUCGUAAUCGUGAUCGUGGAAAUAAAACAGUUAUUCGUUAGUCUGGAUGAUUUCUAAUUCCUAAUUCGGGAUUCAUCAUUCAAAAAUCAAUCAGCUACUAGGAUUCCAACUGGAAGGUUUCUCCAGGAUCCUGUUCAAUAAACAAAGUUGUCCCUCCCUCAACAAGUUGAUAAAUGACCCAGUUUGUUGUUUGAGACUCGAAUAAAGUGAACAAAGUGAAUGAACGUCAUCUAGCUGAUCAAAACAAACUGAUCCUUUGACGAGUGCUGGAAGGUCCAGGUUCAGGUUACAGCAAGGUUUAAUCCAAGUCGAAGAUGGCGUGGGGCUACUGGAGUGCGACUUCGGUGAACGAUCGAGGGCGUUCUCCACGCCGAGAAAAGGACAAGCAGCAGCAGUCCCAGUAUCAGACCGCGAGUGAAGUUGGCGCUCAAGUUCAGCAGCUCCAGCAACAGCAGCAGCAAAGACAAAUUGAUGAACAGAACCUGGAGCUUGAUGAAGACCAGAUUCCAGGUGGGUUCUAUCCGUACUCGCUGGCUGCUGCUGCGGCUGCUGUAGCUGCUGGGAAAAGAACUCCAGCUGCUGAUGGAUCCUCCGGGUUGCUUCAAGCCCUGGCCAAGGAUCCGGUUGUCCUGCCUGGGACUUCUAGUUAUGGACCUCCGUCUCCUGGAAGCGAUUCUGCGGAAUACGAACAGCCGACUAUUGCUUUGCAAGCCUACGUUCAGCAGCAUGACACGCGGGAGCACUCGCCCACUGAAAUUCAUUCGGUGGCUGGAACUUUGGAUAGGAGGCUCAGGAGCAUCAGGAUUGAUAGCGCUGGGAACAGUCUUGUGGGGAAUUCGGGGCACGAUGGGGUCAAUGAUGAUGCUACUGAUGUCGAGUUUGAAGAUGAGAUUAUUGUUCCUGAGGUUAUUUACGAGACCACUCCCAGCAGGGCUAGUUUUACUGGGAGCUUGGGCAGCUGUCUUAUUCAUGGUCCGAGGAUGCCGCCCGAUCCUGGCACUUCCUCCUCGAUGUCUUCUAUUAAUUAUGAUCAGUAUGCUGGACAGAGGCCUAAUUAUGCAUCCGAAGUUUGGCUUGAUCAUAUUACUUGGGUGUUUCCGAAUGUACCGCCAGCACCUGGGAUGCCAUGUCAGGGAGAAGAUCGAAGCAUAUACAGACGGGGAGCGCGGAGGUGGAGGAAACUGUACCGAGUUAAUGGGCACAUUUUCCAAGCAAAACGUUUUAACAGACGAGCGUUCUGCGCCUUUUGUCAAGACCGGAUCUGGGGUUUGGGCCGCCAAGGGUUCAAGUGCAUCCAAUGUAAGCUUCUGGUCCACAAAAAAUGCCACAAAGUCGUGAGAAAACCCUGCUUGAGUAUCCAACAACAAUCGCAGUCACACGAUUCACAAUUGAACGAUCGGAAUGGCGACCAAGUGCCGCUCGAUUCGUCACCGCAAUCCAGUCCGAAGGCUCAUUUGGAUGACGAAACCGCGGAAUCCAGUGUUAUCGAGGAUUCACGUCCACGCACGAACGAUGAAGGCGAAGAAUUGGCACUGGACGUUGUUGCAAACGCGGACGGAACAAACGAUCUGCAGCGGCAAUAUUCUCUUGCAGACUUCGAGCUGAUCCGUGUAAUUGGUCGCGGAUCUUACGCAAAAGUCCUUAUGGUUGAGCUGAAGCGUACGAAGCGGAUCUACGCAAUGAAAGUGAUAAAGAAGGCGUUGGUAACCGACGACGAGGACAUAGAUUGGGUGCAAACAGAAAAGCACGUGUUUGAAACAGCCUCUAACCACCCGUUCUUGGUGGGACUGCACUCCUGCUUCCAGACGCCGUCCCGGCUGUUUUUCGUAAUCGAGUUCGUCCGAGGAGGCGACCUGAUGUUCCACAUGCAACGACAACGGCGUCUUCCUGAAGAGCAUGCAAGGUUCUACGCUGCCGAAAUAAGUCUCGCCUUAAAUUUUUUACACAAAAAAGGAAUUAUUUACCGCGACUUGAAGCUGGACAACGUUCUGCUGGACCACGAGGGACAUGUCAAGCUUACCGACUACGGAAUGUGCAAAGAGGGAGUUAGAGAUGGCGAUACUACUGCCACUUUCUGCGGAACGCCUAAUUAUAUUGCUCCAGAGAUCCUCAGAGGGGAUGAGUAUGGAUUCUCCGUUGAUUGGUGGGCGCUUGGAGUUCUGCUCUAUGAAAUGUUGGCCGGAAGAAGUCCCUUUGACAUUGCCGGAGCCUCGGAAAAUCCCGAUCAGAACACCGAGGACUAUCUGUUCCAGGUGAUUCUGCAGAAGACGAUAAGAAUUCCGAGGUCUCUUUCUGUUAAAGCUGCCUCGGUGCUCAAGGGGUUCCUGUGCAAGGAGCCUAACGAGAGACUUGGAUGUGGAAGGGGUCCUUCUGCGUUUUUAGAUAUUGUGGGGCAUCCCUUCUUCAAGGCUAUUGAUUGGGAAAUGCUUGAGCAAAAACAAGUAACUCCACCGUAUAAACCGCGACUGGACUCGGACCGGGAUUUGGCUAAUUUCCCACCAGAGUUCACGGAUGAGCCUGUUCAUCUUACACCCGAUGACCAGCGAGUAAUUGAAGAAAUAGAUCAAUCAGAAUUCGAAGGGUUCGAGUACGUAAACCCACUGUUGAUGUCUCUGGAAGACUGCGUGUGACACGAGCGGCUAGAUGAAGAAAUCUAUCGUGAGGAUUAUCACCAAGAAGAGUAUCACUGUCAUUAUCAUUAUCACCGUGACUAUGAGCCUCACCACAACCACGAUUACAAUUACGAUUACAACUACCAGCAUCAACAGCUGCACUAUAUCCAAGAACUCCGGAGCAAAUUACUCCAGCAGUCUUCUUCUGGUCAUUCUGUUAAUUACGGCACUACUGAUA